UAAGGAGUAUCGAUCAAUUUGGUGCUCGAUUUUUCUACAUAUCGGCGCUCGAUUGAAGCGCCUGUUGUGUUAUUUCCGGUACCUGGCUCCAUUUCCGUUUUUUCGGUACUUUCUUGGACGUGGUUUAAGACUGGCUAUUUGAACAGUAACUCCAAAAAAAAAAAAAAAUGGAUAUCAGACCUAAUCAUACAAUUUAUAUCAACAACAUGAAUGAUAAAAUUAAAAAAGAAGAAUUAAAGAGAUCCCUAUAUGCCCUGUUUUCUCAGUUUGGCCAUGUGGUGGAUAUUGUGGCUUUAAAGACCAUGAAGAUGAGGGGACAAGCCUUUGUUAUAUUUAAGGAGUUGGGCUCAUCCACAAAUGCCUUGAGACAAUUACAAGGAUUUCCAUUUUAUGGUAAACCAAUGCGAAUCCAGUAUGCAAAAACAGAUUCUGACAUAAUAUCCAAAAUGCGUGGCACUUUUGCUGACAAAGAAAAGAAAAAAGAAAAGAAAAAAGCCAAGACUGUGGAACAGACUGCAACUAUUGCAAACAAGAAGCCUGGUCAGGGAACUCUAAAUUCAGUCAGUACUCAAGGCAGUUCAACACCAAAUCCUCAGGUCCCUGAUUACCCUCCAAACUACAUUUUAUUUCUUAAUAACUUACCAGAAGAGACUAAUGAGAUGAUGUUAUCCAUGCUGUUCAAUCAGUUUCCUGGUUUUAAGGAAGUACGUUUGGUACCUGGAAGACAUGACAUUGCUUUUGUUGAAUUUGAAAAUGAUGGACAGGCUGGAGCUGCUAGGGAUGCAUUACAAGGAUUUAAGAUCACUCCAUCCCAUGCCAUGAAGAUUACUUAUGCCAAGAAAUAACAUCUUGGAGAGUUACCUGUGAAGGACUUACUUAUAGUGUUUGUUUUGGUAACAUUUCAUUAGGCCAAUUAAUUAGGGAUAGAAGUUGGGGGGAGGGGUAAAUAAUGAAAAUUUUGUGGAUUUAAAAAGUCACCUAGUUUUUCUUAAGCCUUAGUGAGCUGUAAAGUAUUAAGAACUUAAUUUUGUAUAAUAAACUUUUGUUUGUAUUGUAUAA